AUGGCGUCCGCACCAGCAGCUCUCCAGGAAUGGCUUGUCAUCAUCCCCGACUUCGAUGGCGCGCUUGAGAAGCGAAUUGCUGUCAGGUCGCAGCAUCUUGCUGGGCUGAAGGCUGAUAGGGAGGACUUUUGGCUUUGGGGUGGUGCCAUGCUUUCCGAACCCAUCCAGGAGGGCGACUCCGGGCCGCCGAAGAUGAAAGGCUCGGCUAUGCUGAUCGGGGCUAAGACGCGGGAGGAGGCUUUGGAAAGACUCAAGAGGGAUGUAUAUGUCGAGGGAGGAGUGUGGGAUCUGGAGAAGGUGCAGAUCAUUCCUUUUAAGAGUGCAUUGAGGAAAGCGUUGUAGGAAGAUAUGUUGGACUGGGGAAUUUGAGGGAGGGAAAAUGCAGGGUACGGAAUUAUGGUGUGAACAAUAGGAGAAUAAAGUUAUCAUGAUGUUUGAUCGUCGAUGUUAUGUGUGUAUUUUGGCUGAUCACAAGGAGUUAGG